AUGUUUUCUUCAAUUGCCAAAUCUUCCACAAUUCUAUCAAGAUCCAGUUUUCGUCUAUUCUUGAGAGCUCAAUCUACAAAUGCUCUUACAAAGACUCAAUUACCAUUCGCUUAUAGUCCAACAGGUCCUGCUUCUAUCAAAUAUACCACUCAACACGAAUGGUUAGCUACACAUUCUGAUAAAACCACCUUCUUAGGGAUCACCAAAUAUGCAGCCGAUGCCUUGGGUGAUGCCACUUACAUCGAAUUACCCGAAAUUGAUACUGAAGUUGAAGCUGGGGAUUCCAUCUCUUCUGUAGAAUCUGUAAAAUCCGCUUCCGAGAUUUAUUUCCCUAUUAAAGGGACCGUGGUAGAAGUUAAUGAAAAUUUAAUUGAAAAUCCACAAUUGAUUAAUAUCGAUCCAAUGGGUUCUGGUUGGAUUGCAAAGAUAAAGAUUGAUGAUGAAAAAGAUUUAGUUUCUAAGGAUUUAUUGGAAUUAGAACAAUAUGAAAACUAUUUGAAAAAUCAUACUGAAGAGUAA